AUGGGAGUUACCUACAAUGGCCUCGACUGCCUCGCUGAUAAAAAGGACCCCAUGUACGAGAAGUACCAUACUCUCUCGCAGGAGCAGGUGCCUUGGUUGGACCAGCCUUGGUAUGGGAAUGUCACCAUCUACUUUGGUGUGGCGACCAUCUUUGUGGCAAUGGUGAAGUCGUUUUGGUACAUGUGGAGAGACUAUCGCUACAUCUCCAGUGGCAGGAAAAUGCCAUCCAUUCUUUCCUCCUUCACGAAUGUCAUUACUGCUUACUGCCGUCUUUUCGGUUACCAACAGGUGCCUGAGAUCUUUGUAAGGUACCUUAGCUUGCCAUCCUCGCUCGGAUCGGUGAUCUAUUCGUUCAUUGCAUCGGGAUACCUCCUCUGUUUCUGCUUCAUUCCCCAUUUCUGGUACAGAGGAUGCAGAGGAUUCGGUUCUCCUCCAUUGGCAGUGAGAGCAGGCAUCAUGGGUACGGCAUUGACGCCAUUCAUUCUUAUUCUUGCCGGCAAGGUUAAUGCCAUCACCAUUCUCACCGGCAUCAGCUACGAGAAAUUGAACUGGAUUCACCAGUUUGUGGGUGUUGCUGCUUUGGUACUUGGACUUGUUCACACUAUUCCCUUCAUCUACCAGCCAUUGCAGGAGGGAGGUGUGGAGAAUCUCGCCAAGGUGAACAAGGACUACCUCUACGUUACCGGCUGGCCACCUACCAUCUUUCUCAUCUUGUUGUGUGCUCUUUUCAAAAAGCAGGUUCGUGAAAAGAUGUACGAGCUCUCGUUCCAUCUCCACUGGCUUCUUGGUCUUGGGUAUGUGGCUUCCCUUGGUGUUCACGUAUACGACCAAUUGGAGCAGGAGAAGUGGAUCUGGGUAACUACUGCAUUUUGGGGUGCCCAGUGGAUCUGUCGUAUAGUCGUCAAGACUUUCUGCAAGCCUGGCUCUGGCUUCUUGAAGUUCAAGGAAGCCGACAUCAGAAAGUUGGACGGCAACACUUUUGAGGUUUCCAUUGACCGUAUUGAUGGGCUCUCGUGGCGUCCGGGCCAGCACUGUUUCUUGAGGUUUGUGGGUAAGAGAAUUGUGGAUAGCCAUCCGUUUUCGAUUGCCACGAUCAAGGAGGAGGAGAAGUUGCGUUUCAUCAUCGUCCCCAAAGCCGGUCUCACAAGAAAGCUUCACGACGAGUUGGACCAUGCUGUUGCAAUCAAGAAAAAAGUCAUUUUGGACGGUCCAUACGGUGGUACCACCAGAAACCACCACGCCUUCGAUUCCGUGCUUCUCGUGGCUACAGGCUCUGGCGUCACCGUCACCUUGCCUUAUCUUUUAUCCCUUGUCAAGGAGACCAAGCUGGUGGUGCAGAGAAUCGACUUUAGGUGGAUUAUCCGUCGUGAGAGCGACAUUGGCUGGAUCAGACACGAAUUGAACGAGGCCAUGGCCCAGGCCGGCAGCAAGCUUAAUAUAAAUAUUUAUGUUGCCGGAGAAAGCGGUUCCGACGCUGCCUCGAUUCACAAAGAUUCAUGGAGCAGCAAGGAAAAAGAGGUUACCCCAACCUUCGAGGAAGAGAGCGUACCCUCUGGCUUCAACACCCACUACGGCCGCCCCGAUGUGCACAAUAUCAUGGCAGACUACAGCCAGACGAUGCUACGCCGCAAUCUCGUGGUGAGUUCGGGCAGUGACCUCAUGAAACGUACAGUCAGCCAGGCUGUCGCAGGGUACCAAACGGCCAUCGUCUCGUCCGACAAAAACCAGCCGUUCAUCGAGGAAAUCUGCCUCCACACCGAGUCAUUCGGAUGGUAA